GUCUGUGGGAAGACGGAAAGGGAAUUGUGGUUACGAGGGUUAUUUUCCGCAUAACGAGGCAAAAACGGCGGUGGAGUGGAUGUGAGCGUGUGAGCGUGUGAGUGUGGACAGGGACUAGACAUUGUUCAUUAUUUCGGCGGAGACGACAGAUCCGGGGCUGGGAGAGCCGAAUACACCCGUGGAAGGGAAAAGAACAGACAACGAAGGAAGGUUAUUUGAGAGAGAACGCGUCUUGGAGAGGUGAUGGCCCAAUCCCGCACAAUGGAGUCCCGCACGGGGCGGACAAACCAGCGCUAUAGCCCAAGCGGCGAACGACUCGUCGCCGGCGUCGUCGCCAUGUCCUCCGACAAGUCUAAGGUACUCUUGAUCCAGUCUGCUCGCCGCGGAGGCUGGGUUCUGCCCAAGGGCGGCUGGGAAUUGGAUGAACCGUCCGCUCAGCAGGCAGCCUGCCGUGAAGCUUGGGAGGAGGCAGGCGUCGUCUGUACCGUCCUGCGUGAUCUCGGCAAGAUCUCAGACAUGCGGACCCCGGCCCAGGUGUCCCAGAAGGCUCCCAGGAUACUGUAUCAGUUUUUUGAGGUCCGCGUCGAUCGGGAGGAAGCCCAGUGGCCGGAGAUGCAUAAGCGGAAACGACAGUGGGUUACUUAUGCGCAGGCUGCAGCGGCGUUGGCGAAUCGCCCUGAGCUUCUGGAUGCGCUCAAUCGCAGCUCUGUCAAGAGAUAGCUCUUGGCCUUUCCCCCCCGGCUCCUUUCUUGAUCCGGUUCCUUUGGGCAAAUUGGAACCUCAACAUUUAAAACACAUAUGUACCUAUCGCCUGUUAUUUAUUGGCCGCUUAUUGCUAAUUUGUUCCAGCAUCCCGUGGAACUUCCCGUUUUAUUCUUGGAGACCAUCUAUAUAAAACCUGUCGUUUCAACC